UCGCAACCUUGCGACAUAUUCUAACGAACUUAGCUUCUCCUUUUCCAGCCUCAUUCCUCUUGUUACUUGAAUUAUUUCCAGAGGUAUCCGGGAUUAUCAAGGCCCCGGCUCUAGUUUGGAUCCCGAAUCCACAUCCCGAAGUCCCCGCACACCUCGUCCGGGCCGACGAUCGGGGUAGGCCGAGAGGUGGGGAGAAUGACAUUGGUUAAGGUGCCACGGCUUCCCCAGUGUGUGUCAUACCGAGACACUGGGGCAGCGAUCAGUGAAGAAAAGCCACACGAAAUCCAGUCACAUCCGUCCAUGUUUCUCACCCCCAGACUUCGUCCAUCUACAACACUCCUUUCCCGAACCAAGAACAUCCUCAGCAAGUCGCCCCAGCCCUGACCCACACCCAUCUAACCCACAUACCACUCACCCAAACACUAACCAACCCCCCCCUCCCCCCUCUCAGAACCACAACCCCAAACCCGCAAGAUGCGCAUCCCCUACGUCGCCAACCCACCCAACCCGGCCUCGGCCGAAGAAGCCGCCAUCGUGGAGCGGAUCCAAGCCCGGAGGGCACCGCGCCCGCUGCAAGCCCUAGACCUCGCCCUGCUGCACGCGCCGGCGGUGGCGGACGGGUGGAACUCGUUCCUGGGCGCGGUGCGGACGCGGACGGGCCUGGCGGCCGACCUGCGGGAGAUCGCCAUCUCGCGCGUCGCCGUGGUCAACCGGGCGUGGUACGAGUGGGCGCACCACGCGCCGCUGGCCGAGGAAGGCGGGGUCAGCAAGGAGGGCAUGCAGGUGGUGCGGCGCGAGGGCGAGCUGCGGCUGGCGGACCCCGUGCCGGACGGCCUGACGGCCGAGCAGUGGGCGGUGGUGUGCUACGCGGACGAGAUGACGCGGAAUGUGCAGGUGCGGGACGAGACGUUUGCGAAGCUGAGGGAGAUGUUUGGGGAGACGGGGAUUGUGGAGAUCACGGCGACGGUGUGUUUCUAAUUCCUAUACUCUACCCGUUGGUUUCUUAACGGCUAGUGGUCAUGUGCUGACGAUGGUGGUGGCUAGGUCGCUUGUUACAACUGUGUGAGCCGCUUCUUGGUGGCUUUGGAUGUUGGCGAGAAGAAUGGA